GCUGUGUGCAUCCAGCAAACCGGUGCACCUCUUGCCCCCUCCCCUCUCCCACUUUGGACCACAACUCCUCCUCCUCCUCCUCCUCCUGAGCUAACAUCCCUUCUGCAUCCUGCAGAACUCUCGGACACGGGAAAACAUCCCGCAAAAAUGGAGCCCCUGGAGCCUAGGGAGGACUAACUAAACGUACGCAGAAAGGGGGUGGGCAGCUGUCCACACAUCCCUGUAAUGUGAUCACGUCGCCUGCACCGUGUAGCCUACAGCCUGUCGCUGACCUCAUUAAUCGCUAUACGGCUCUCGUCACCCGGCUGGAUACCAGGACGGUGAGAACCGAAGAAGCUUGACUGGAAUACUGCCUGGCCUCAUGUCUGCCCCUGCUCCAGCCAGUCGGAGAUCUGCAUCGGGCUCUCGCCGAUUCAACCCUCUGAAGGCGCUGCAACCCAAACGUCGCUUGCAGCAAAUACUGGCCUCCUCACCCGUCCCGGUCCCCAGGCCGGAGUCCGGGUCGGGGUCGGCCGCACGGGUUGCUACGGCGCCGGUAGCCAUUCCGGUGCCGGCGCCCCCUGCGUUUGACUAUUGCAGGUUCAUAGAGCUAGACUACGUUCCUAUGGAGACAGGUUACAUGGUGUCAAUGCGCCCGACUAAAGGCUAUGCAUCCACUGCAAAAGGACACGCUUCCACCAAGUCCCCGGACCGCCUUAGCCAUCCAUCAAACUCCCCCUCUACCCCUCGCUCCCGCAGGCGGUCACCUGCAGGCCCCAGUAACAGGGAUCCUUAUGGCAAUGCCUCCCUCAGUAGCAGCAGCAACUCCGGCUCUUGUAAAGGCAGCGACUGUAGCCCAACCAAAGGACGUCACCAGAAGUACAUAUCAUGUACAGACAACCACGGUAUUCGGCCCCCACCACCAGAACAGUACCUCACACCUCUGCAGCAGAAAGAGGUGUGCAUCCGUCACCUGCGGGCCAGGCUAAAAGAAACCAUCAACACACUGCAAGACAGGGACACAGAGAUUGAUGAAUUGAGAGAGAAGCUUUACAAAAUGCAAGAGGACUGGGUGGAGGAGGAGUGCCACCGCGUGGAGGCUCAGCUGGCCCUUAAGGAAGCACGACUGGAGAUCCAGCAACUUAAACAGGCCGUGGACACGGUCCGCGACAGGUUGAGUGACGCCGGGGGAUUCAGCGGGGACAUCGGGGUCCAAAAGUACUUUCAGGACAUCAACACUCAAAACCACAAGCUUGAGAGCCUGUUGCUCAACAUGGAAUUAGCUCAGGUGGGACUAGCCAAGGAGGGGGAAGCCAUAGCAGGCCGUCGGACCCGAGUUGGGGGUUCGGCGCCAGCGUCCGUAUCCGGGGAAAGUCCAGGAGGAAUACCAAAACCAGCAAUAGGAGGAAAGGGUUCUUGUUCUUGUGAUGGUUCGCCAGCCCGUUCUCUGACCCGUAGCUCCACCUACACCAAACUGAGCGAUCAAGCAGCAAACCGAAAUGGCAAUGGCGUGGAUUUUCCUUGUCUUUCAGCUGAUGGCACUCAGGACAGUGGCUUUGUUUGCUGCGGGGAGAGCAGCAGCGUCCCGAGUCGGGCCGACUUGCUCCUCGAGGCCGCCUUCCUCUCAGAGGAAACAGCUUCAUUGCUCAACUCCUACGCGCAAACCUUUUCACGUUCCACACCCAACUCUUUACCUCACGCUUACUCCCAAACCUUACCUCAUUCUUUCCCUCACAACCCAUCACACUCGGUGCCCCACACGAUGCCGCAUUCAGCCACCUACGAGAAGCUGUGCUCGGGUGAACGCAUGUCAACAGUUCGUUGCGGCUUAGGAGGAGGCGGCUGUUUGAGCCACCCCUGCUUAUCACACCAUCACCUCUACCUACAUCCCCUACGCGAGACGGGCAUUCAGACCGAGAGCUGUCCCAUCCCGGCAACAUCAGGUUGCCCAUCAGACUUGGAUACAAUUGCCGAACAACGUACCUUCAGAUCCCAGGCCUGCAGCCCAACUUCAACGUGGAUGUCUGACGAAGGAGAAGACGAUAUCGACUCCAUCACCACGACCACUUCUGUCACCAGAUCAACUGUCAUGAGCACAGCCACGGAGCCGAUUCCGUUCUCCAAAUUGCCACAGGUGAAUUCCAUUCCGCGUUCUGCCACUGUGGCCUGUUCCAUGGAAAGCCCUUUGUGUGAAAGGAAGAAGGUCACGAAGGAAGAUACCGAGGAAGAACCUGCUGCAAUGGACAAUCAGGGAGAAAUGUCAGUAGGCCAACCAAUAGAAGUACAGCCGGAGAUGGAGCCAGCAAAACUAGUGAGAAAUCAGGAAGACUCAAAGGGGGUAGCACUUCGCACUUCAGAAGACAGAAACAAAGGCCUAUGGAUUGUAGAGGACAGACCAUUUGGGAAAACGCUGAAAACAGCCAUCAGUAACGACAUCCAGCAAGCAGACGGCCUAAUUCCGAUAGAAACACCAGGACUGAGCCCAUGUAGCCCCGAAUCCCCACAAGGUGUGGAGCAACCCCACACCUCCCAGCCAAAACGAUUUAUUUCCCACGAGGAGGUAGAUCGUGUCAUCGUUGUAGGGGUGCAUGACACGGAGGAUGAGAAAAAACCAGAAACAGAAGAGCAAGGCGACAAAGGCAGUGGCGCAGCAGCGGAGGAAGCGGAUUCCACUUCCGAUUCUGGGCCGGUACAGAAAAGCUACUGGAGUCGUCACUUCCUCGUGGAUCUGCUGGCAGUGGCGAUCCCCGUGGUGCCGACAGUGGCGUGGCUGUGCCGGGGUCCGGUUCGAGACGGGCAGCCCAUGUACCACUUUGGAUCACUGCUGAGGGGCUGCUGCACCGUGGCUCUGCACUCACUGCGCAGGGGAGGGGGGUUGAGGCAUUACCCCGCGGGCGGGGGGGACCUUGGUGGAUCUCAGAUGUGAACAAAGGUUCUCCUAAAAUCUCUCUCUUAGGAUGUUUGGCCAACACUAGAUGGGUUUUAAUUGGAGAAAAUCUGGUGAUAUAUCAUCGGCAUCCUGUCCUGAAGGAUAACUUCAGAAAG